AUGUUCUCUGCCCCAUGGGUAUGUUCACGAUGUCUUGCGCGGUCUGCCCGACUCCUACGAAACCAUCGGCCAAUCUUCCAGCGGAGAGGCUUGCAAACUGACAGCGAUCUCUCACCAGCAUUAUUAACACGCGCUCGCUCUAUGGCAGCCGAACAUGCGUCACUUUCAGACCAGCUCGCCACGUCCUUCGACCCUAAGAUCGCAAAGCGCAUCGGCGAACUCGGACAAGUCGCGAAGGCACUAGCAGAAUGGAACGACGCGAACAAGUCCAUAUCAGAGCUCAAGUCCAUUCUCGACGAUCCCGAAGCGGAAGCGGAUUUAAGGCCCCUUGCAGUUGAAGAGUUGGAAAGUACACAAGCUAGCCUGACAUCAAUAUCAGGCAACCUAAAGCGCGCUCUUGUUCCUCGGCAUCCCUUCGCAGAUCUUCCAUGUAUGAUUGAAAUUCGGCCAGGGGCGGGCGGUGAUGAAGCUGGGCUUUUUGCUUUCGAAUUGCUGAGGAUGUACAUUGCAUUCUGUGCUCGGCGGGGGUACAAAUCAUCCGUGAUUAAGCGGGAACUAGGAGCUGGUACAGACGAUUGCCUGAGUGAAGCAGUCUUAGAAAUCGAGGCGGACGGAGCCUAUGACGUGCUUAGGACCGAGUCGGGUGUGCAUCGAGUCCAGAGGGUUCCGGCAACAGAGUCAAAAGGCCGUACACACACUAGUGCCGUCAGUGUCAUGGUGCUCCCCAGUUUUCCGGAGAAUGGUGUUAGUGCAGACGGUGCUCUUAAUUUUGAUGACCCAAACAGCGACUACUACAUUGAUCCACAGGAUGUUCGCUCAGAGAAAAUGCGAGCUAGCGGUGCAGGCGGCCAGCAUGUGAACAAGACUGAAUCGGCGAUUCGUCUCACUCAUGUACCAACCGGAAUUGUGGUCUCGAUGCAGGACUCAAGGUCACAGCAUGCAAACCGCAAAAAGGCGUGGCAGAUUUUGCGGGCGAAAUUGGCCGAAGCUCGACAAGAGGCGCGAGAGCAGGAAGUGGUUGAACUACGAAGAGGAGUAUUGGGGGGUGUUGCGCGCAUGGGUCGCGGCGAUAAAAUUCGCACCUAUAAUUAUGGCCAGAGUCGCUGCACAGAUCACCGAAGCGGCAUCACCGUCCACAACCUGGACGAUGUCCUUGAGGGUGGUGAUAGCCUGGAAUCUGUGAUGGACAGUGUACGGUCCUGGCUUAGUGACCGCGAGAUUUUGGAAAUGGUAUCUGUUUCUGAGGUAACAGAGAAGAGCCAGUAA